AUGGGUUAUCUACACGAGGACACUUUCUGUGGCACAGUUUUGGAAGGAGGUGAUACUUAUUUUGUUCAACCAGUUCCAUUUUUAAAGCCAACAGCUAAGUUUUCUAAUAAGGUUGUAAUUUAUAAAACUGAAAACUUAAACCUGUCACUUGCAAAUCAAACUUUUGUAUCAUCUUGGCACUUUUUAUCCCGAAUAUCAAAUGUGACAAUAAACUCUACUGUCGAACGUGAAGGCAUUAAUUUUAAAAACAAGACGGCAGAUUUGUUUUGUGAAAUUGAAAUAGUUGCUGAUCAUACUCUGUAUCAGUUCUUUGAAGAAGAUUCAGAUAAGUUAUCAGCUUAUAUGUACCUCCAUGCAAAGCAUGCUGACAAAAUAUUUAGAAAAACUGAUUUCAAUAUGGAUGGAAAGCCGGAUGGAAUAAGAAUUUCGGUAGCAAGAAUAGAUAUCUACAAAGCUGCUAAUGAGUUGAAUUAUCCAAUGACUUCAGCAGAAACACUCAGUGAUUACUUGACAAAAUUUGUAACGAGAGAACAAGAACCUGAGUUUUGUCUUUCAAUAAGUAUGUCUUAUAGGUCUUUCAGAGGCUCGGCUAUAGGUGAAGCUUUCAGACCAGAUGCAACCUAUCCAAAUAUUGCAGGUGGAAUAUGCGAACAGACUCUUAUAGAUCAGCAUGAAAAUGUAAUGAAUUUCAAUGUUGCUGCUAUAAAUCUACGACUUGAAGACAAACCUUUAUUACCAUUGGCAAUUACACUCUUAGCUUUUACCCACGAAAUUGGUCAUGGCUUUGGGAGUGACCAUGAUGACCCAACAUAUAAGCCAUGCUCUCCUGAAGCACCUGUUGGUAAAUAUUUGAUGCAUCCAAAAGCAAUUCCAGCAAAUGAACAACGACCAGAAUUUUCGCCAUGCAGUCGGAUAGCCAUGCGUGGGGUUCUUAGCAAGAAAGGUGACUGUUUGAAACCAAAAGAUCCUAAAUGUGGCAAUGGAAUUAAAGAAGGCUUCGAAGAAUGUGAUUGUGGUUGGUCAGAAAUAUGUAACACAUUAGAUCCUUGCUGUAAUCCUUCUAAUGUUGAGUUUCCAAUCAUAGGAUGCACAUUAAAAGGAAAUGAUUCUCAAUGUAGUCCCAAGGAAGGUGACUGUUGCACUGAGAAGUGUACUGUAAUUAAGAAACCAGAAACUGUUUGUUACAGUGAUGCUUCGAACUGCAUUACAAGUUAUUGUGAUGGUGUAAGUCCAGAUUGCCCUGUGCCAGAAAGGAAUAUUAGCGAAUACCCUUGCCACAUAAACCCACUUACAUGCAAAGAUUGCAAUGAAACAGUUUGUGCUUUAAAAGGCCUAGAAGAAUGCCACUGCAUUCAUAAUAUACUUCUUGAGUGCUUAAUAUGCUGCAAGACAGACGAUGGCUGCGUCCCUGCCUCUAGCGUAGGCAUUCUUAAUCCUGCAGGAGGGAAAUACAUUCACAAAAGCGGUACAAGAUGCAAUUAUGGAAUUUUCUAUUGCGAUGCUGCAGGAAGAUGUGUGAAUCCUGGCAUGACGGAACAACCCGCAAAACAUAAGAAAAGUAUAGUGUUGGUCGUAUUCUUGGCUCUUCUUGCCGUGAUUGCAACAGGAAUAUUUUUUGUUAUACUGUACACAUCUGCUCCGGCUAUCAAUCUUGAAAAUUUAUUUUUGUCGCGUAAUCAUAUAUAA